GAUCACUUUCCAUGUAAAGAUUAUUACUCUAUUUUGGCAUUUGGCAGGCCUCCCUCCCAGCUGUGUGUCAGGAUCACCAUGUCUCAGCCUCCUUACCUAAUCUUCUCGGGGUGCCUAUUUCUACUGCUCCUACUACAGCUCUUUCCCGUCUUCCAAGCUGAUGUUGGCACAGCUGCCCGCUACCGGCCUCCAUACACACCCACAGCUUGUUUUGGAAACGACGAGGGACAGUUCCCGUCGACAAACCUGUUCGCGUCGGCCGGCGAGGGGAUAUGGGAUAAUGGCGCUGCUUGCGGGAGACAAUAUCUGGUGCGGUGCAUUAGCGCGGCUGUUCCAAGAACCUGCGUUCCAGGCGAGACCAUUCAGAUAAGGAUUGUGGAUCGUGCGCUCACUUCGGUUUCUAGGCCAACCAGGGAUGCCGUUACCAUAGUUCUUUCCACCACUGCAUUUCGUACAAUCGCCAACCUUUCGGCUACCUCCAUUAACAUCGAAUUCCAACAGGUUUGAAUGGCCGGGGACAUGAUACUCUAUGAAUUGAUUCAUCAAAUUACUGCAGAACCUGACUGUCCUCAGAUAUAUAGUUUAGCAGUCACAGCAAAAAAAAAAAAAUGAUCCGUAAGUGAUUGGUUUCAUAUCUCGCUUUAUUAUUAAUUUCUUUUUUUUUUCUCGUGUUGUAUUAAAUAUUACUUUAGAGAUGAUUGUUAGAGUCUCUCAUAACACCCUUUCGACUCUUGUAUCUUCUUAUUAUUUAAUAUAUAUAUAUAUAAAUAAUAUAUGAAGCUAAUUGAUUAAAAAAAAUAUAGAAUUAAUUUGAGUACUGGAAGUCAA